AAACAAAGUGUCCCUCUGUAGAAAUUCGUAAAAGCAGUCAGCUUUUACCAGAUAUUGUGCAAUGCAAGUAAUUUCUUAUGUUUAUGCAACCCCUGGUUAAAGCAGUAAGCUUAGCUAAAGAGUUGACUUGGAAUCAUGAUAUAUGCCGAUACAAGACUGCAUCCACGGUCCACCAGCCCUUCUUUGUCUGAGUGGAUGAAAGCGUUGAAGUUACGCCUCUCGACAGAAUCAAUUCAAUUCCUACUUAAUUUUUUAAUAACCAGCUAGCCUCCCUUUUUUUAUUCAUUCCAAUUUUUUUAGUUCCAUUUCUCCUCUAUAUCAAAACCCAAAACCAACAAGUGAAAAACAAGCUUGUGUCUAAACAAAUGGGCAUCAGAGAAAUCCAAGUCGCUGGCCACAGCUUUAUAAUACACGAGCAGGACAACGUUCAUGACUCGGUCACUGGUCGCGCACUCACAGGUGCAUGGCUGUGGGACUCCGCUGUAGUUUUAGCUCAUUAUAUGGCAACUCAUUUGGAUUUCCAAACCAAGCACGUACUGGAGCUCGGUGCCGGGGCCGGCCUCCCAGGAUUGACAGCGGCUAGGCUUGGGGCCAGCCGGGUUGUUCUCACGGACAUUAAGCCGUUGCUUCCCGGGUUAAUAAACAACGUGGCGGCCAAUGGGUUAGGAGACAAAGUUGAAGUGAGAGAACUGGUGUGGGGAUCGGAAGAGUCGAAACAGAGUGAACUGGGGGAGUUUGACACUGUCUUAAUGAGCGACGUCUUUUUUGAUCCGGAGGAAAUGGUAGGGUUGGGGAAGACGUUGAACAGCGUGUGUUGUACUAACACGUGGAUCUAUGCAGCGAGUGAAGUAAGGCCGUGGACGGCUGAUUGCUUAAACGAGCUAGUGAAUCAAGGUUUCAGAGUCAUUGAGUUACAGAGUCAACUGGGGCCACUGGGCGGUGGUUCAACCGUGGAAGAUGAUUUGGAGGCGUUUGCUGUGUUUCAACUAAUGCCACCGCUUCAACAGGACUGCCAGUUGAAUGACAUCUGAUUGAAUAAUAUGUCAAACACUGCUGUUUGUCCAAGGCCAAAGAUUUAUUCCCCCAAAAUAUGUUGUUUUGUCAAGUUUGCCUUGUUAAUUUUAAAUUAAAUCUAAUAGUUUCAGGACAAAA